AUGUCACGUAUGAAAAAGCAGGAUCUGGAGCAAGGGCUUUACGUCGAGAAGGCCAGUAUCGUGGAAGCUAGGAUCGAGUAUGUCAGCACCAAGGAUGCCCCAGAACGGAAACCGGAGUUAGAUAUCGUUGUUGUCCCGGGUUUUGGUGCAAACCCUCUCAAAUGUUGGGCCUGGGAUUCGGAGAAGGGAGACGGUAGCUAUGACGUUCGAAGUCAACAGAAAGACGAGAAGUUCAACUGGAUCACAAGUCCGGAUGGAUUAUCGGAAAAGUUCCCGGGCGCGCGAAUUUUACGCUACGGUUUUGCCUCAGCGUGGCAAGGUACCUGCCAGAUCGAGAAUUACUUUGACAGCAUCGUCCAAGGGCUGCUCAUUUUGCUCCGAAAGCACAGGAAAGAAUACAAUGAGAAGGGUCGACCCAUCGUUUUCAUCGGUCACAGCAUGGGAGGACUUGUCAUUGCCAAAGCAUUGACGGAGAUGGACAGACUUCGUGAUGACUUCGGAGAACUUCUGCCUUGCGUCACAGGCUGCGCUUUAUUUGGAACACCCUUUUUUGGCACUGGAAUGGCUUCAUUCUUCUCUCGCGUGGUCGAGAUGAUGAGAGAGCAGGGCCUCAAAGUGAGUGGAGCAUUCUGGGGGAUGAUGAAACCCGACAGCGAUUUUCUUCAGACAUUGCGCCGUGAAAUCACACACUUGGUCAAGCGAACCAGUCCUCCUAUCGACAUGAGGUGUAUCUACGAGUUGCUCCCGGUCGAAAAGACAGAUUACUUUCCUGAACGAGGAUCCAAAAGCAACGAGCCCAAGUCAGUUCACGAAUCGGAUCCAUCCUAUCUAUCUUUCGUAAAGGGGCUCGAUGAGACGAAGUUGUGGGAAUUGAAGGAAUGGUAUGAAUCAUGUCUUAAGAACGAUAACUACUGUUUCGUCACCAAAGCGUCUGCAACCAUGGAUUAUAUGCCAGGUGUGGGACUGCAGUGCAAUCAUCGUGGUCUGGUGACAUUCGAACAUAAAGACACUCAGAAGUACGGUCUUGUGCUGGAAGAGCUGGACAGGCUCGUUAGUACAGCAGUAAAUGCCUGCAGGAAAAGACUGCAAGCCUCAAGCCAACAUAGCAUGUCGCCUCAGGCUGUGGAUGCCCUGAGAAAUAUGCUCAAUUCUGGCCUUAAGCAUGAUCAUGAUUCUAUCGUGAAAAAUCAGAAGGGGGAGAAAUCCUGGGUUUUACAAGACAAACGUUAUAUUGAAUGGGAGUCUCUUGAAUCAACCAGCUCAUUCUUCUGGAUUCAGGGGCGACCUGGAGUGGGAAAGACAUCGGCCACUUUGUCCGCCAUCGCGAGUAUACGCCAUAAGAUCGAGAAGAGCCUCAAUCCAGGGAACGCUGGCCUCACACCGCUCUUGGCUUAUUUUCUAUGCGACUCGUCCAGGAACGGUUCAUCUGCGAUUGAGCUACUCAAGUCGCUCGUGCUUCAACUCAUCAGCCAAAAUCCGCUUCUGGCUGAUCACGGCAAGCAUCUUCUGAGAAAGAGCCAAUACCAUAGGAGUAUCUACCCCGCCGAUGAGCUUUCGGGCGACGAUACUAUGGCCACCAUGAGUCUGCCCAAUCUUUGGCGUUGUUUCACAGAUAUCAUCGCCGACGAUUCUAUUGGCGACAUUUACGUCGUCAUCAACAACAUCCAUUUGUUGAAACAUGACGAGGAUUCUGACUCGCUUAUUGAAUCCAUCUACCAUAGCAUUAUCGCACCAAGCAACGACCAGGAUCGAACCGGGGGUCGGAGCAAUCGCCGAUGGCUAAUUACGCGCACAGAAGGUGCGGAUGGUCGUCGUUUCGAAAAGCUGAUUGAUACUGGGAUCUCGUAUGUUGCUGAUCUAUCCACCAGUGAAUUCGCCGAGAAGGUCAAAAACUCUUUGAAGUACUACGUACAGAGAAAGGUUGUCAACCUACAUCAGACCAAAUACUACGAACCUGACCAAAGGUACAUGAUAGAGGACAUGAUGAUCGACCAUGCCGACAAUACACACUGGAUUGAUAUUCAGUGUAUUCGACUGGAGGAGUUGGAGCAGCAGAGCAGUACGGAGACCAUAACGAAGACCUUGGGACUCACAAAUGCUUCGAGCUUGGAGAAACUAGUGCGCCAUUGCUGGUUGACGGUCCUCGAGCGGAACCCACAACUCACACUUUCCCUCGCGGAGAUUCUCAGGGCACUGGUCUUGGCUUUCCGAAGUCCAUCUGUCGAAGAGCUUUGUAUUCUGUCUGGUAUCAAAGACGAGAGUAAGGUGAUUCUUCUGAUUGACCAGUGCGCGCCAAUGAUACGUCUAGAUCGCCAGGAGAAAGGCAUUACGUUUGUCAAGUUUGAGAAUGCCACCCUCAAGAAUCAGCUUCUCUUGAAAUCAGAUGAGCUUCUAGGCUUGUCAGGAGUUUCUGUUAACGAGAAGUCAAGAGCGGAAACAAAACGUUACCAUGGUGUCCUUGCUUGGAGGUGCUUUUCUUACAUGCAAAAGGCUCUCAGCCCCGCAGUAGCUGGGGUGAACCGAUCGAUGUUCGUCGGAUCAUCAUAUCCUUUGGACUUUUGGAUGGACCAUGCCAUACGGGGCAAGUCGGAACUUUCGGAAGAUCUCGCUCGCCACUUACAUGUCUUCUGGGAGAGAGUGUCACCUCUAAGGAAUGCCUGGCUAGCAUUGUCUUUACCAACUGCGCAAUCCUUUGAGCACGGCAUUUCCACUGAAGGUAUGACGGCGCUGCAUGCAGCUGCAGCAUACGGAUUUGACAGGCUCGUAUCGAGCUUGAUCACGAAUGGACACCAGCAUGAAGUGGAUUGCGCCAAUCUAGAUGGAUACACUCCGCUCCAUAUUGCCGCUGUCUUCAAUCAUACUGAGACGAUCAAAGUACUCCUCAAUGAUAGCGGGGAAGACGCCGUUAACAAGCAUAUGAAACUUCUUGGGACUCCUCUUCAUUUGUCUGCGAUCCAAGGUCAUCUUGCGACUUUGAAGCUUCUUUUGAGCAGAGGAGCAAAUCCAAAUGCUUUGAGCGAGACUUAUGGCCCAGUCAUCAAUGCUGCUAUUAAAUCCGGGCGCAGCGAAGCAGUGCAAGAGCUACUUGGGCAUAAAAACAUCGACCUGGAUGCAUCCAAUCCCGAUGGCUCACCGCCUCUUGCACUCGCGGCGGGCUUGUCUCCAGAGGAUGUGUUCAAACAGAUACUACUUGGAGGCAAGGCGAAAUGGACAGCGCAACAUCACAGACAAGCCUUGGUACAAGCAUGCCGUAACAACAAGCCGGGAAAUAUCAGAGCUCUUCUUGAACACCCAAGAACCUCUUUCAAUGACGAUACUCUAGCAUCUGCAGUGCUCACUGCUGCCAUUGAGAACAAUUGGGAUUGCGUUUUAGCGAUUUCCCGACCAGACUUAGGCGGCAGCAAUGUUUUCUAUCUGGCAGCAGUGACCCUACGCGAUGGGCCGGCAUCCACUACCGUGCUCAAGGAGACAUGGAGGGCUUCGCACGCAAGUAUUGCGAAAGAAGUGCUCAAUGAAGCGCUUUAUCAGGCUACAGACAACCAGAAGGUCGAUACUGUAGCAUGGCUUCUCGACCAUUGCAAAGCUGAUGCUAAUGCCACGGACUAUCGUCCUAGCAUUUUGGAUUCCGUUCGCUCCACAGCCAUUCCGACCUUUGGAAAUACCUUGGCCGCCGCGGCCUGGGACGGCACCAUCGAGAUUGUGAGGACUUUAAUUAAGCACGGUGCUCAUAUUGACAGUCCAACUGGAUGCCCAUUGCAGCUAGCGGCCAAAGAAGGCCAUGCUGAGGUAGUCAGGCAUCUCCUUAGCCACGGGGCCCAGGUCGACAGAAUUCCUGGAGAGGAGGACAGUUAUAGGGGAUCCGACUUCCAGGAAGGCACUGCCUUACAAGCGGCCUGCGAGGCAGGGAAAACUGAAGUCGUGAGGGUUCUCCUACAGUGGAAGGCAAACCCCAACCUUGGGCGAGGACCAUAUAAUAGUCCUAUUCUUGCCACAACAGCAAGGAAUCGAUCUGAAAUUCUGAAGCUUCUAAUCGAUGCUCCGGGGAUUGAUGUCAACGUAAAGGGACCCAAGAAUUCGACAACACCACUGAUGAAUGCAGCUUUUCUCAUGACCUACGAAGACACAGAGCUUUUACUCAACGCCGGCGCCGACGUCAAUCAGUGGGGUCAUCACGAUGAGACUGCUCUCAUACGUGCAGCACGGAAAGGAGACGCCAAAAUCCUGCGUCUCAUCAUAUCUCGCGGAGCUAAUAUCCUGCAUGCCGGAAAGGAUGAACAAACGGCUCUUGAUAUAGCUGCGAGUAAAGCAAACGUCGAAUGCUUGCAAGUACUCGCAGAGAGCGUGUCUCCGCUAUUCCGCGGGCUCAAGAGGGCGAUUGCGAACGGGAGCACAUUCGCGCGAGAUCUUGUAGCUCGGCCGGAGGAUGAUCAUGAUAUCGUUGACAUGACCACUGUCAAUCAACUACGAGAGAAAAUCGUAGGCCUAGAGAGAGACUUGGAAGAACUCAAUCGCAUGCGAAAGGGGUGGAAUGGCAUGAUGUCACAGGUACAAGAAGCGGAGAAGAGCACGGUGAGCUACAAGAAUCAAAUGGAUCAGAUGAGAAGUGAGAGAGUCGAAGAAAGCGCCCGCAUUGAGAAAGAAAGAGGCGAAUACGAGGCUGCGAGAUACGGCUUCGCCAAACUUCAGGAAGAGAAGGAUGCUCUCAAGCAGAAUGUUGCAGCUGCCAAGCUAAGUCUAGAGGCGCAGGAAAGAGACUUCAGCAUGAGUUUGCAGCAGAAGCAGAAAGAGAUGGAGGGAAUCUAUUCUCUGUGGACAGACACUGAAGCGCGGCGAAAGAGUGCCGCAGAUGAAGCCAUGGAGGUUCGACGACAACUUCGAGCCACCGAAGACGAAGCCAAUAGGAUACAGCAAGCCAUGUCGGACCAGAUCGAAUCUUUGCAGAAGGAGCUAGAAUUUUCCAAACAGCAGGCAGAUGGAAAAGCAACUCCAUUAGGUGGCAGGGAUGACGAAAGCUUCACAGAAGGAGACGACGCCUUGAUGAGCCAGAAUGCCGGUAGCUCGCUGAGUGUCAGCAGCGCUCAAGAUGCCACGGGCGACACUGGCACAGGAAAAAGUGCAGCCAAGAGAUUUAAAGAUAUGAGACACAACUCCACGCAGUUUAUGGCUGAAUUUGUCUCGAAGAAGAGAGGGAGCCCCAAGCCGGAUGGCCAGAAGUAG